CCGCGAGUUUCGCAUCUCAAACAGUAAUCAGUGUUACGAUAGUGAAGUAAGUUUACUUAAAGGUGUCGAUCGGUGGACUUUGAACCAAUUUAGAUAAGAAGGAAGCAAUGAAUGUCAUGGAGCAAGAAAAACAAAAUGAGAUCGUACGAAAGAGAAUGCUUAAUGUGCGAGAUAUAAGAAUAGAGGAUUGCCCUUCUGGUUCGCCAUGGUUAAGGCCCGUUCGAAUUUAUUACCGGCAAGAUGGCGAGCAGAGGGACUGGGAUGUGGCCAAGGUCCACGACGGCGUAAGUAUACUGAUUUUCAAUACUAGCAGGAAGAAACUUGUGUUCGUCAGGCAAUUCCGUCCAGCGUAUUUUUACACGACUCUUCCGGAAACACGUGGGUUGAUUGACCUUGAGAAAUAUCCGCCCAAAUUGGGCCUAACCUUGGAAAUCUGCGCUGGCAUCGUGGACAAGGAUAAGUCUCUAGUCGAGAUUGUAAGAGACGAACUCAAGGAAGAAUGCGGUUACGAAGCACCGGCGGAGACCAUUAAACUUAUUAAUACUUUUGGAUACACGACUUCUUCAGUGUAUAAAAACACACUUUUUUAUGUGGAAGUCACAGACGAAAUGCGCACUCAUCCUGGAGGGGGCAUUGCUUCUGCAGGCGAAUUAAUCGAAAUAGUGGAAAUGAGUAUCCCUGAAGUAAAGCAAUACAUCAAUUCCAAGGAAGUUCAAAGUCCUCCAAGUUUUCUCUAUGGUGUUACCUGGUUUCUCCUUAACAAACCUGAGCACUGCUCUUAACACACGCUCUAAUUCUGCUAAACAUUGUUUGGAAUGAGUACUAAUGAAGAAUAGUAAAUAAAAUAUAUAUCCUUUACCUGUAUUUAUUUACAAAGAACACAUAUGUACACAAGUGAAUAUGAAAGAGAUGUAUGGAUGUAUAAGACUGCAUGAACACAAGAUAAAGAGAUAUUAAGUUAAUGCUCGGUAUCAUCUUUUGUGAACUGCGAACUAACCCAAGCAAGACCCCAUUUCAAAUUUGUUAAAAGAAAUUUUAGAGCUUUGGUCCAUUGUUCCUCUGAAUUAAAUUGUAUUCUGAAACAAAAUACGUGGAAUUGAUAUUAAAAGAAUUUUAACUAA